GCCCCGUUCCACACAGCGAGCGAGACGCCGCAGCGCGUUGCUGAGUUCAGCCGAGUAAGCGCAGCAGUUUAGGGGUUAAAACAAUAAACAGAAAGCGACCAUUGUGAUCAGUUCCUCCACACAGCCUGCAGACACUCUAAAAUAGCGUUCGUUUGUGUUUCAGUAAGCGUUAGUUGGGAGGGGCGUGUCCUCUGAGUGUGUUAUUGUGAGUUGAGUCCUGGUUCGGAGUCUUUCGGGGCUCUCUUCGGUUCUCUUCGUGCUGUGUGUUUGGAGGCGGGCGCGCGCACUCUGAAGAUCCAUGUCUCCUCCAGUGUCAGCCUGAAAAAUGAUAGAGAUGUCUUUUGACAAAGAAACUGUUUUAUCUUGUGAGGGGCAAACAGACCCCGCUUCCCAGCAGCACUCAGAACUUACUAGAAACGAUACCAGCACUCUCCAAGCGUCCGGGAAGACCACGGUUAUAAACCUCAGUGAAGAGGCAGGGAGUGCGACGUCACCGGAAGACCGAGAGAAAGCCGCUGGCGCAGAUAACAAUGCUGUGAGUACAAGUGGGGUUGCUGGGGUCGAGUCGUCUACACAGAACGGCACCCAGCAGCCCAAACCUCAACAGCAGAAACUCAGUAAGCGCCGCAGCACGAUGAGCGCUGGAUUCAAACACCCCGGUUACGGUAAACGACGACGCCGUGCCAACUCUGAGAGCGAGUCGGUCCUGCCAACCAACUUCCUGCUGGGCGGGAACAUUUUUGACCCGCUCAACCUUAACAGCCUUUUGGAUGAAGAGGUGAACCGGGCUCUCAACGCGGAGACGCCCAAGUCCUCGCCACUGCCGGCCAAAAGCAGAGACCCCGUAGAGAUCCUGAUACCCAGAGACAUCACAGACCCCCUGAAUCUCAACUGCCCCGGUGCAGGGGACAGCAGCCUGUUGGUGUCUCCCCUGAAAAGUGGCGGAGGCAGGCGAAGACAUCGGAACAAGCACCAUGGAGCGAGCGCUGGGAAAGUUUCGGGUGAAGGAAUAGUGGCACCGAGCGGAUUGCCAGAGUCUGAUGGCUGUGCAGCAGGACAGGAGGAGGGAGCAACAGCGCUCUCCUUAACGCCUCCGCACGUGGACACACGUGUCCCUGAGGACCAAACCCUGUCGGACUCCACUCUUGAGGCUCAGGGGUCACAUAAGCCCGGUUUAACCACAAACGGUGGUGAGCUGAAGGAGAAAACCGUUGACAUGUCAACCGCACCUCCAUCAAGCAGGCAGCGCAAACGCAGGCGCGCCGGGAGCAGACUGGAGAACGCAGACAGUUCAGAUGGGAUGAGAAAUCAGGGUCCGAGAUCUGGGGGGCAUUUUCAGCCCCCUCACACCCCAGGAUCUGCAGAAAGACCACAACAGCAUCCAAACCAAUGGAGGUCGCAGAACAGCAACCAGCACCAACAACACACUAAAAAGAAGUUUCAAUAUGGCAACUAUAACAAAUACUAUGGCUAUCGCAACCCUGGGCUGAGCGAGGACCCUCGUAUCCGUGUUAUGAAUCCCGAGUGGUUCAGAGGGAAGGAGGUUUUGGAUCUGGGUUGCAACACUGGCCACCUGACUCUUACAAUCGCCAAAAAUUGGCGGCCGGCACGGAUUGUGGGCCUGGAUAUCGAUACAGCGCUGAUACAUGCAGCUCGCCAGAAUAUACGGCACUACCUCUCUGAGGUUCACACGCAGCGGGCCAGACGCUCCGGGGAAAACGGCGAGGGGAGUCGAGGAGAAGGGAACGAGCGGGAUUUAGAAGAAAAGAGUCAGAGGAAGGAGAAGGAUGAAGAGAGGUUUGUUGUGAAAGAGGAGGAGGGUGAGGACAAAACAGAGCAUGUGGAGGAAGUGAACGAAUGCGUGGUCGACGAAGGAAUGGAAGUUGGUCGAGAAGAAAGGGAGAUUAAAACCACCGAGGCUGAUCCGGGGGGAACGAGUGGGAAAGAGGAAGAUGAAGCAUCGGCUGCUCUCCCUGAUGGGAAGCAUUCGUUCCCGGUCUCGCUCCAGAUCUCAAGAGGACCCAUAGUUGGCCCGCCUUUGCCUGAAAUAAACCCCGACAGUCUCCCUCCUGGAGAUUUCCCUGCCAACGUAACCUUUGUCAAGGGGAACUAUGUGCUGGAAAGUGAUGUGUUGCUGCAGACGCAAAGGGAAGAGUAUGACGUGAUCCUGUGUUUGAGCGUGACCAAAUGGGUCCACCUGAACUGGGGUGAUGCCGGACUCAAGCGGCUCUUCCACAGGGUACACAAGCACCUGCGGCCCGGAGGACUCUUCAUUUUGGAGCCCCAGCCCUGGAGCUCCUACGGCAAGAGAAAGAAACUCACUGAGGCCAUCUUUAAGAAUUACCACAGCAUCCGGUUAAAACCGGACCGGUUCUCCUCUUACCUGACUACUGAGGUGGGCUUCUCCAGUUACGAGCUCAUCGCAACAUCACAGAACUAUUCUAGAGGUUUUCAGAGACCGAUUUACCUUUUUCAUAAAGGACGCUCACCUCAAAAGUGACGGCACCAGUUUAACCGCCAACCUCGAGAAGAAAACACAAGACUUGGAUUUUGAAAACAACCAGCAUUUGAAGCCACUGCAACUUUAAGUGGUUUUCUCUGGAAGUAGAUUUUCAAUAUUUUGAACUCUUGAAAGGAAUCUCAUUGGUGCUGAAUUAGAUUAAUUGUUCCCCUGCCAUUAAAAAUAAAGGAAAAUAUCCCUUGCGAGACUCUACUGAAGAAUUACAGGUGCAUAUCAGAGUUGUUCCUCAACUCAAGCAAGCGGUUUUCAUCUCUGAUAAAGAACGUUUUUGUGAAGAAGCACAAAGUAAUUUCUCCUAAGCUCCUGUUAAACACAAUUUGAUUUUUAUUUGGAAUGAAAUUCCCCAAAAUGCAAGUUCUCUGACUUCCUUCCUUUCUAGCACACAGAGCUGAUAAAUGACCAUCUAGAACUGAAAUGUUUGGUGGGUGGGGUUGUGAACCUUUCAUUUUCUCAAAAAGAAAGUUUAGAGCAUGUUGCCAGAUGUUCAGCUUUCUGGUUUUUGCUGUUUUGUUGUUGUUGCACUGUCCUAUACUCAUUAUUUCUUUACAUUUUGAACAAAGCAUUGCUAUUAAAAUAGGAAGCUUUUGACAGUUCUAGCAUCUGUCUGCCCAUCAGCCGUUUCGCAGCCAGCGCGGCUGCCACUGUGCAACAAAUGCCAAUAGCUCAAUUUGUUGUUCAUCGAUUUAUAUAUGGGAUCCUAAUGUUGUCCCGAAGAGUUUUGAAGCUGCAGGUUAGCUGAUUUGCUAUGUUGAAGUGUACACUGAUAUGACGUCCCGAAUAAAAGUCGGGCUGAUACCAGAAGGAUGCGAUUCCUUUUUGUUGUGGUGGGUCACAGAGAAUGAAGUUUAAACGAUUUUUUUUUUAUGCAUUUUGUUCCGAUUCUCCAAGUGUUAAAGUUGAACACAAACUGAGGUACUUUUUGUAAAAUGUUUGUCCAGAGUUCUUGUCACAACUGAGGUAACCUUGUUGUUGUUAGUUUUAAUGCUGUUGAAAGGUUUGCACUAAAACGAGAGAACAGAUUUGUCUCCCACUUUUGUAUUUUAUUGUGCAAAUGAAAAGUUGGUGUAUCUCUGAAAGGGGUUCUUUCCAUUCAGAGGACUCAACGAAAUGGAAAAAAAAAAUAACUACAAAAUAAACAUGAUUUUGUAAUGCUGA